GGCCCGAGGCGGCCGCGGCGGGGAGGCGGGAGGCGCAGGGCUGCGGCACAGAGGGCAGCAUGGCGUACCCCGGGCACCCUGGCGCCGGCGGUGGCUACUACGCAGGCGGGUAUGGAGGGGCUCCCGGAGGGCCUGCGUUUCCCGGACAAACUCAGGAUCCGCUGUAUGGUUACUUUGCUGCUGUAGCUGGACAGGAUGGACAAAUAGAUGCUGAUGAAUUGCAGAGAUGCCUGACACAGUCGGGCAUUGCUGGAGGAUACAAGCCUUUUAACCUGGAGACUUGCCGGCUAAUGGUUUCAAUGCUGGAUAGAGAUAUGUCAGGCACAAUGGGUUUCAACGAGUUUAAAGAACUCUGGGCUGUACUAAACGGCUGGAGACAACACUUUAUCAGUUUUGACAGCGACAGGAGUGGAACAGUGGAUCCCCAGGAAUUGCAGAAGGCCCUGACAACAAUGGGAUUUAGGUUGAGUCCCCAGGCUGUGAAUUCAAUUGCAAAACGAUAUAGCACCAAUGGAAAGAUCACCUUCGAUGAUUACAUCGCCUGCUGCGUCAAGCUGCGAGCUCUAACAGACAGCUUUCGAAGACGGGAUACUGCUCAGCAAGGUGUUGUGAAUUUCCCAUAUGAUGAUUUCAUUCAGUGCGUCAUGAGUGUUUAAAUCAGGAGGAAGACCUAUGAAGAUAAUCCACAUUCAUUCCGACUGGAGUUCUCCUUUGCUCUUUGCCUUUGGUAAUUGUGUGCAAACUUACACAGCCACUUUUCCUUAACAGCUGUUGUAAAGGUUUAUUACUUUAUGUACAACUGAAGUUUUUAGUUUUGAUAAUAUAUUCUUUGGAAUGUUAUUAAUAUCAGAUCUGGUCAGUUAAACACCAUUAAGAACUUCCUUGAGCCAUUGUUAAUCAUGCCUUAUUUUCUUGCUAAGCCUCUUUUAUGUAAAUUUAAGUGUGCAAAUUGUUUAAGGCACAUUAUGUAUUUUUCAUUGUAAGCUACUAAAACCUUUUCAUCAGACUACAGCCGUUGUCGUCCCUCUUUUAGAAGGGCUUUUACGUGGUAUUGAAAGCUUUAUGUGUGGCAUAGUCUCGUCAUGUAAAUGGUUUAGACCCACUUGGAUGCAAAAAAAACAACAAAAAAACAAACCUGGUAAUAUGUCAGGAAUCUCCUGAGUGGAAACUUAACACAAGCUUAAAGGCUUACAGAUAUUUUGAUGGCUGUAUAAAUGGAAACUGGUUGAAUAAUUUGAGUGGCAAAUACUGCCUGUCAUCAAGUUCCUUCUUGUCAUCAUCCAUGUAGACCUUUGCUAACUAUACUUAAAAAUCUUGAACAUUAUGAGCUUAACGAUGUAAAACAGAAAAUUGAUAGGAAAAGACUAAAGGAAUAUAUGAAAAUAUUAACUGGUUAUUUUUGGCUAAUGGGAUUCUAGGUGACUAAUUCCCUUUAUGCAUUUCAGUAUUUUCCAAGUUUUCUAUAAUGUGUGUGCUUUCCUUUUAAAAUCAGAAGAUGCUAAUUUUUAAAACGGUGAUACAUCCAUUUUGAUAUACCAUGUGUUCACACUUACAUUAAAAAAUGUACACAGUACAGACGUAGAGAAUGGACUUGAGGACACGGGGAGGGGGAAGGGUAAGCUGGGACGAAGUGAGAGAGUGGCAUGGACUUAUUAUAUAUACCUCCAAAUGUAAAAUAGAUAGCUAGUGGGAAGCAGCCACAUAGCACAGGGAGAUCAGCUCAGUGCUUUGUGACCACCUAGAGGGGUGGGAUAGGGAGGGUGGGAGGGAGACGCAAGAGGAGGAGAUAUGGGGAUAUAUAUGUAUAGCUGAUUCACUUUGUUAUAAAGCAGAAACUAACACACCAUUGUAAAGCAAUUAUACUCCAAUAAAGAUGUUAAAAAUAUAUAUGUACACAGUAAAAGGACUGGAAAGAGUAUACAAAAAUGUUGAUGUGGUUUCCACUGGAAGUCAGAAUUAUGAGCUCAUUUUCCUUCUUCCUGCUACUCUUCCAAAUAUUCUCUGACAAGCAAGUAUUACGUUUAUAAUGGAAGACAUUUUUUUUUUUUUAAUUUUUAAACCAUGUACUAGUAAGGUCUGGAUUCUAAUGCUGGCUGUGCCUCUUACUAAAUAUGUGGUUUGAUCAUUUUAGAUAAACUCAGAGCCUCAAUUUCCCCAUCUUGGAAAGGAGGUAAUACAUGCCUCCUGGGGUAGUCCGAAUAUGAAAAAGUGUUGGCAUGAUAAGCACCAGUAAUGUUUCUGUUUCUUAAAUUUAAAGCUGGCCUGGUUUGCUCUUUUUAGCAAAAGAGCUUAACAGAUAAAACAAUGAAAUCAGUCUCCCUGCCAGCAAAAUAUCUCUUAUUUUAGGGCACAAUGUGAGAGUAACCAUUCAGAUGAUCAAUUAGUUGUCAACGAAUGAAAAAUAAAACAUUUUCUAAGCAUCUUUAGCCUCAUUCCACUAACUUUUUUCAAAUAUUGCGUGCACGCUCUCUCUCUCUCCAUACACACACACACAGAUAUAUACAUUUAACAAAUAUUUAUUAAACCCUAACUUAUGUAUUUCUGUCAUGUAGUCACACUCAGGCUACAUCUCAGAAUGUGAGUCAACCUGCUUUCUAUUAAUUUCAUGGUGAGCCUAGGUUUCAUUCCAGAUAUACUGUCUGUGAGGUCACAAAGCCUGGCUUGAGCCUGAGCUGUCCAGAAGAGAACUAAUGGGGGCUCAGAGGACCAGAAGGCAAGGAACUCACCUUCAGAGUCCCAGCACCUGGAGGCUUCAAAUUCAUCAGGAUCCUCUGAGGAAAUCAUAGUUUAAGGAAAUGGUCAUUUCCUGGGUGACUAAGGUGGUAAGGAAGAAGGCCCUGGCUGACCAAAGGUUAUGCACCGUUCUUGCACCAUCUGACUGCUUUGGAAGGUCCCAAGGUGUGUUGCAUCAGUCAUGGUUCUGAAUUUGCUUUUGGGUAAGUGCUAAAGUGUUACAAAACUGUCUCUGGAAAUAAUUCAGCUUUAAUUAUUGAUAUCCUUAUCUCCUCCACUUCUACUUUCACUGUUUCUUUCUGAAAGCGUACAGCCUGGUCUUCAGUAUGUCCUGCAGUUAGAGAGUUUCCUUCCCCUUGACAAAUAUGACAUAUCCAUCCUCUUUCUUUAAUACAGCCAAAAUCCUCAUUACAAGUGAAUCUCGUGUUGCCUGAUUUCUGUUUUAUGGUGGGUUCUGUUUCACUCAUUAUAUACAUCCAGUGCAGCCUCACCGCCUUCUUCAAAACUGUUUUUUGGUCUACUUUUCUUAGAGCAUCUAGUUGGAGCAUAAUAAAGCUGUGAGCUCAAACUUGAAUACUUCAGUCAUUUGGAGAAUUAAGUUCCUCAAAUCACCCCAAGAUUUAAUUUAAUUUUGGGGAUGAGUGCUUUAUCAUGGUGUGUCAAGAGAUUUGUGAUUAUAAAGUACUUACAGCCCUUUCUGAGCACUUCCAUAGGAACGUGGCCGCAGAGGCCUGUGCUUCCCCGGGGACAGUUGGCAUAGAUUUGCACCACAGCAGUCAUAUUUCAUUAAUCAGAGCUCUCAUUCCUAUUGAGCCAAAAAGUCUAGACUCCACUUCAGCGUGAUGUUCCAGGCGGUACCGUCAGUCUACAAAACGGCACGUGAGCGAGAACUUCUGCUAUCUCUGAGCUAGACUUUGCUUUUGCUUUGCUGAGUGUAUUACUGUUUCAGUGUUUCUCUUAGUGGAUUAUUAUAUGCCUAAAAUACUAUAAACUGAAGAAAUGGAGCUAUAUGUAAUCACCAUUUUUCUAAUCUCAUAAUAAAUGUACAAACCCUUGGUCAAUGA